AUGGAAACAGAGCGGCGAAGAACCCUUGACGCUCUCAAAAAUGAGCUGCACGAAAAGACUUCGAAAUCGGAAGGAGUAAAACUGAGUUUUGCCAUUCAAAAACCUCCAAAAAGAAAGCCAUCAUUUGCACCUCCAGCAAUUCACAAACGAACGAAAAAAGCAAAAAUUUCUCGUGAUGAUUUGGAUCCAAAAGAGAAGAAAAUCGAAGUUCCAGAAGAAUUCAAGAAAUUGGCAAAAGCUGUUGGUCUCCCAAAAGACCAUCUUGAGUUCUUCUACGAGCAUCGAGAGAGCUUUCACUGGGAAAUGAAGAAAGACAACCAUAUCUACUGCACUGGAAGACGUGGCAACUGUAAAUUCAACACAACCGUAAAGAAGAACUGUCUUGCCGAGCACAUGAUUUCUGACCACAAUCACGGUGAAUUCAAAUGUCAAGAAGAAAACUGCCAAUUUGUUGGUUUCUCGAAGGGAAAUCUCAAACGACACAAAGCGCAUUUUCACGGAAUGGGCAAAGUCGGUUACAGGCAAAAUCGAGUUCUUCAGUGCAAGUAUUGCGACUACAGUUCCAGCCAGCAAAAAGUCCUCGACGAGCACCAAGCUGUCCACGAAAACACUCUCCAACACUGUGAGUUCUGUACUUAUACUUGCGCAACGAUGGCCAAUCUCAAAAAUCAUCUCUUCGCGCAUUUCAACAUUCGACCAUUUGAGUGUGAAAUCUGUUCCUCCACUUUUGCCAGUCAGGCAAAACUCAACUACCACAAAAGAGCUCAUUUCAACGACUUCUCUUGCAAUCAUUGCCUUGAAACUUGCCAGUCGGCGAGUUUACUUUUUAAACAUCUGAAAAAAUGCAAAGUUCGAAUUGAAAAGUAUCAUGAAAGCCGGUGA